GGUGCUAGGGUUUUACCCGUGUGAUCCACGCUCCAUGUUUCAAUCUACCACCGGAUCCAAAACCCUGCAAAUUUUCUCUCUUUUUCAAAACGCAUCGUUUCGUCCCUUCCUUCGUCUCUGCGAAACGCAGAGUUUCGUCUUCCUCCCCCUCUCUGCAAGCAGGUGGAGAUGAGCAGCUGGAGAACUAUUCUUCUCCGGAUCGGCGACAAAUGCCCCGAGUACAACGGCAACUCGGACUUCAAGGAGCACAUUGAGACAUGCUAUGGCGUGCUUCGCCGCGAGUUGGAGCACUCUGGGAAUGAUAUUUUGCCUUUUCUUCUCCAAUGUGCUGAACAAUUGCCUCACAAGAUUCCUUUGUAUGGGACAGUGGUCGGCUUGUUAAACUUGGAAAAUGAGGAAUUUGUUAAAAAAGUAGUGGAGAAUUGUCAAAAUAAUUUGCAGGAUGCGCUGGAUACAGGAAAUUGCAACAGGAUUCGUAUUUUGAUGAGGUUUCUGACUGUUAUGAUGUGCAGUAAAGUUAUCCAACCUGGUCCUUUAGUGGUUGUAUUUGAAACAUUAUUAUCAUCGGCUGCUACAACAGUGGAUGAAGAGAAAGGAAAUCCCUCUUGGCAAGCAUGUGCUGACUUUUAUAUAACUUGCAUUUUGUCUUGCCUCCCUUGGGGAGGUGCAGAACUUGUUGAGCAAGUUCCUGAGGAGAUUGAGAGAGUAAUGGUUGGUGUAGAAGCCUAUUUAAGCAUUAGAAGGCACAUUUCUGACAUUGGUUUAUCCUUUUUUGAGGAUGAUGAUGAAACUGAGAGAAAUCCUGAUGAAAAGGAUUUUCUAGAAGAUUUAUGGGGCAGGAUACAAGUUUUAUCUAGCAAUGGGUGGAAACUUGAUAGUGUUCCCAGACCUCAUCUUUCUUUUGAAGCUCAGCUGGUUGCUGGAAAGUCUCAUGAUUUUGGGCCUCUAAGCUGCCCUGAGCUACCUGAUCCACCGUCAACACUUUCUGGAAUCACUUGUGGUAAACAAAAGCAUGAUGCAGAGUUGAAGUAUCCUCAGAGGAUUCGCAGGCUUAAUAUAUUUCCUGCAAAUAAAAUUGAGGAUCUACAACCUAUAGAUCGUUUCAUUGCAGAAGAGUAUUUGCUCGAUGUGCUUUUCUUCUUCAAUGGCUGUCGAAAGGAAUGUGCUUCAUACAUGGUCGGUUUGCCUGUGCCUUUCCGUUAUGAAUAUCUUAUGGCUGAGACAAUAUUCUCCCAGUUGCUUUUGCUACCACAACCCCCAUUCAAGCCAAUGUAUUAUACACUGGUUAUUAUUGACCUCUGCAAGGCUCUUCCUGGGGCCUUUCCUGCAGUUGUAGCUGGUGCAGUCCGUGCUCUUUUUGAGAAAAUAGCCGACUUAGAUAUGGAGUGUCGGACACGGCUUAUCCUUUGGUUUUCACAUCACCUAUCAAAUUUUCAAUUCAUCUGGCCUUGGGAAGAAUGGGCUUAUGUCUUAGACCUUCCAAAAUGGGCACCACAACGUGUGUUUGUUCAGGAGGUUUUGGAAAGAGAAGUUCGUUUGUCAUACUGGGACAAAGUUAAGCAGAGCAUUGAAAAUGCCCCUACUUUAGAAGAGUUACUCCCUCCCAAGGGUGGACCAAGCUUCAAAUACAGUACAGAAGAUGGUAAAGAAAGAAAUGAACAACAUGCCCUAUCUAUGGAACUUAGCAGUAUGGUGAAGGGAAGACAAGUUUCUCGUGAAGUAAUUAAAUGGAUUGAAGACAGUGUAAUUCCCGUUCAUGGUUCAGAGGUUGCCCUUAGUGUAGUGGUUCAGACCCUGCUUGAUAUUGGAUCCAAAAGCUUCACUCAUUUGAUCACUGUCUUGGAGAGGUAUGGACAAGUCAUUGCAAAGAUAUGCCAUGAUCAAGAUAAGCAAGUUGUGCUGAUAGAUGAAGUGAGUUCUUACUGGAAGAACAGUGCCCAAAUGAUAGCUAUAGCCAUUGACAGAAUGAUGGGGUACCGACUUAUAUCUAACUUUGCCAUUGUGAAAUGGGUCUUCUCUCCAGAAAACAUUGAACAAUUUCAUACGUCAGAUCAUUCAUGGGAGAUUCUUAGAAAUGCAGUUAGCAAGACAUAUAAUCGUAUUUCUGAUCUAAGGAAAGAAAUAUCUUCCCUUAAGAAGAGUCUUGCAUUAGCUGAAGGAGAUGCAGCAACAGCAAAAGCGGAGUUGGAGGCUGCUGAGUCAAAGCUUACUCUUGUAGAUGGUGAACCUGUUCUUGGGGAAAACCCAGGGAGGUUGAAACGUUUGAAAUCGUAUGCAGAAAAAGCUAAAGAGGAGGAGGUAUCUGUACGGGACUCUUUAGAGGCCAAGGAGGCUCUUCUUGCUCGAGCCUUGGAUGAAAAUGAGGCAUUAUUCCUUUCUUUGUAUAAAAACUUCUCAAAUGUGCUGAUGGAACGCCUGCCUGAUACGUCUCAAGCUGGAACAUUGCGAGGACUGAAGACUAUUCAGGCAGAUGAGAUGGCUGUUGACCUUGAAGAAUCAUCAACUAUGGAUGUGGACAAUGAGAAUGGAAGACCCCAAAAAAGUCAGACAAAUGGGGGAAAGGCAAAUAAUGGCUAUAACGUGGGUGAAAAAGAGCAAUGGUGCUUAUCAACUCUGGGCUAUGUCAAAGCCUUCUCAAGGCAAUAUGCUUCAGAGAUAUGGCUUCACAUUGAAAAGCUGGAUGCAGAGGUGUUGACCGAAGACGUGCAUCCUCUUUUCAGGAAAGCAGUUUACGCCGGUCUGCGUCGACCAAUCAAUGAAGGGUGAUCUGGUCUCAACCCUUCUUGUAACUUGUAAUAUCAAGUGUUAGUUUUCUCAAUGCUGGUUAAUGUAAAUGAAAAUGUAGAACUGCUAAGUUGAGUUAUGGUCAGCCUACAGAAGAACUGUGUAGAAUGAGGUAGAUUUGAAGUUGUCAAAGCAACCCAUUGAAGGUUAUGGUUUCUGACAAUGCAUGAACAUAUACCUUAUUUUUCCUUGUU